AUGCUCAAUUACCAGGCUGAGGAGUACAUGGAGACGGUCGUUGCUAAGACUUAUUCUCUCAGUCCGCAGUAUGUCCGCGACUGCAUCAGCUGCAUCCGCGGGAUCUCUGAGCACGAUAGACCUGUCGCUACAGCUCAUCGCGUUCUCUCGAGGGAUAACGAUAGCUCCAGAAACACGAGCAGGAACUCGAAUUCUGAUUCCGAUGGUGUCCACACACCUGACGAGACCGACUCAGAGGCUGUUUGCGUCCUAUCCGAAGUUGAAAAAAAUACUUUCAAAAGCUCAAUGUUACGUGUCAAUGGAGAAGAGAAAAUUCUCUUGCCGCACCGCAACUUCAUCCAGUGGCAGGAUAUACGCCUUCUUGUGGUCCUUUUCUGUAUCUGGAAAGUUCUCCUUUUCAGCAUCAUCGUCCUAGCGCCCGGGCCAGGAUAUGACACCUCAAGCACAUUACUUGUCGACGCUGGAUCAUCGGUAGUACUUGCAAAACAGACUCAGCAGGUGGCUACAAGCGUGCCUCUCGUCUGGAAAUUUGUUCGCUGGGAUGCUAUCUACUUCACUCAAAUCACCCGAAGAGGGUAUGUCUUCGAACAAGAAUGGGCCUUUGGGCCUGGCUUUCCAACUGUGGUGGGCUGGCUUCAAAGAGGCCUGUUCCCAGACUGGUUUCGUGACAAUGUCCUUGAGACAGCAAUUUUUGGAGUGGCCUUGUCAAAUCUCUGUCAUCUUCUUUCUGUCUUGUUACUACCAAGUUUAACCAUGACUGUUUUCUCCAAGUCGCCUCAAAGCGGAUCAUCUCUUCCCAGAGCAGUGGCAGCCUUGCACAUCAUCAAUCCAGCUGGGGGUUUUCUUCUGUCUCCUUGCUCUGAAGCGCUGUUCUCUUUUCUUAACUUUCUGGGCUUUCACUUAUAUCUGAAGGCAUUGCGGAUUCAGUAUCAAAAGAGAGCAAUCAGUGCUGAAGUCCAUUGCCUAGCUGCAGGCGCCGUGUUUGGUCUGGCAACCACGGUUAGGAGUAAUGGUCUCCUGAGUGGUGCGCUUUUCUUGUAUGAUGCGACGGUGACGGCAAGACAUCUUCUCAGUGGUAAUCUAUCUGUUGAGAGGUUCAGACGGUUAAUUGUCGUUGGGAUUGGUGGCUGCUUAAUUGCGCUUGGUGCCAUACUCCCGCAGUUCAGAGCGUAUGUGAGGUAUUGUAACCUUGGACUCCCUGAUGAUUUGAGGCCAUGGUGCAAUGAAUAUGUGCCUAGCAUCUAUGCAUGGGUACAACGCCACUACUGGAACGUGGGGCUUUUUCGAUACUGGACUGUCUCAAACAUACCAUUAUUUCUCCUGGCUGCACCAACAAUCUUCAUCCUCUACAAGUCCGCGAUCUGGGCGUGGAGACAUGAUUCGGAUGCCUUGCAGGAUGGCACUAUCCGCACCGCACGUUCCACGGAAUCAGAUUUCCAACGGGGCUGCUUACGUCGCUUAGCGACACCACAAGCAAUGCUUGCACUGUUGGCUCUGCUCAGCUACCAUGUGCAGAUCAUCACCCGUCUCUCUUCCGCCUAUCCUCUUUGGUACAUAUGGCUAUAUUCGAGCAUCAGAGCUGCCGCAGGACAUAAGGGUCGAGUGAAAUCCCAUCCCAUCGAUCCUCAGACCGUCGUGCGAUGGAUGGUAGUGUACGCAGUGGUGCAAGCUACCCUGUAUGCCUCUUUCCUUCCACCAGCUUGA